UCAUUUGCGCCAUUUUGUUCGCUGACUUUGGUGAUUGGGUUUAGAAAGCUGUACUGGAGCCAAUCAGAAGGGAACCGGACAGCGAAGAAACGAUUUCUUUCUCCUCUGUUUGCCACUAAGGAUAGUAAUAUUACCCAAUCAUGGAGCAGUACACCACUGCCACAACCACAACAGGGGAGCAGAUCAUUGUGCAGACUUCCAAUGGGCAAAUCCAACAACAGGUCCAAGGCCAACCUCUAAUGGUGCAGGUGAGCGGAGGGCAGCUAAUCACAUCGUCAGGGCAACCCAUUAUGGUACAGGCCAUGUCAGGGGGGCAAGGCCAAACCAUCAUGCAGGUCCCUGUGUCUGGGUCACAAGGACUCCAACAGAUCCAGCUGCUGCAGCCAGGGCAGAUCCAGUUGCAGGGGGGUCAGACGUUGCAGCUGCAGGGCCAGCAGGGUCAGCCCCAGCAGAUCAUCAUUCAGCAGCCCCAGACAGCCAUCACCGCUGGACAGAACCAGGGCCAGCAGAUCAGUUUGCAGGGUCAGCAGCUUGCCCAGACCGCUGACGGACAGACCAUUGUCUACCAGCCUGUAAAUGCAGAUGGCACCGUCCUGCAACAGGGAAUGAUUACCAUCCCAGCCUCCAGCCUGGCAGGUGCCCAGAUCGUACAGGCAGGGGGCACCAACACCACCACCUCCAACAGCGGGCAGGGUACUGUGACCGUCACCCUGCCAGUCCAGGGUAACAUGGUCAAUGCAGGUGGAAUGGUCAUGGUAAGACCCUCUGCAGAGAUGGUUCCUGGCGGUGGCACAGUUCCAGCCAUGCAGCGUAUUCCUCUGCCCGGGGCUGAGAUGCUGGAGGAGGAGCCUCUGUACGUCAACGCCAAGCAGUACCACCGCAUCCUGAAGAGACGGCAGGCCCGCGCCAAGCUGGAGGCUGAGGGCAAAAUCCCCAAAGAGAGGAGGAAAUAUCUUCAUGAGUCUCGUCAUCGCCACGCUAUGGCGAGGAAACGGGGAGACGGAGGUCGUUUUUUCUCUCCCAAGGAGAAAGAGGAGAUGGCACUGGCCCUGCAGCAGGCCCAGGCCCAGGCAGCAGACGAAACCGUGGCCCAGAUGAUCCGGGUUUCGUAGCACCAACACCACCCGUCCCUGAACACCACCCUACCUGAGAUCCAUCCAUCACAGAACACCACCCUACCUAAAAUCAUUCUGACCCUAAACCUAGCAACACUCUCUCUUUACCCUUGGAUCUACCUACCUACCCCUGUCCUCAUGCCAAACCACCCUGGCUAUGGUUACUCUGUUGAUCACCGUGGUUCAUAGCCUCUGAGCCUCUAAACGCCCAGGUCUUCCAAAGCUGGGUUUGGUGGCUGUUGAGUCUAUGGAUUCUGCUCUGAUCCCCUUGAUUAAGAAGGGUGCUCAGCUGCCCCUGCCCAACACCAAGAUGCUAACUGCUAAUUCAGGAUGUAUUAGUGUUAUAAUUUGAGGAUUAGUACUGUGAAAAUGAUGAACGUGUGCAUUACUGUAACUGUAACUGUACCCAUUUCAGACCUGGAAACUAACUUGGAAAAGAGAUCUAGAAAGCCAAAGGUCCAGUUAUUCAGUUCAGUCAAUUGGUUUGCUGAAGAAAUACUAUUGUGUCUAUUCAGUUGCAAACCCAGAAUUUGUUUCUGAAAUGCAUAGAUUGUUAAUUAAUUACAUUAUACAUUUAUGAAAUUAUCGUUGGGUUACUCUUGCCCUUUAAUUUUUUUUCGAAUGUUCAUCUGCCGAUUUUAUUUACCAUAGAAGAAAAAAACAAAACACAAAACCCCCAUGAAGGGAAAUAAGAUAUUGGUAUCUAGACAAACUUCUUGUAUAUUUUGGAAAUUUGUGUGCACUCAAUUAUCAUUGCCCAAUUUUCUGUAUUGGGGAAUGUAUUUUAUAUUAACCUUUUUCAAAAGAUAUGUAGAUGUUUGUGUGACAGUGAAGUGUGAUAGAUAACACAUACCCAUUGUAAAGUCAUCAGACCCACGUGACAUUAUUUCUUUGGAAGCGGGUCGUUUUUUGUUUUAAGACGAAAGGUUUUUACCCGCGCGAUGCUGUCCUUUUAGGAUGCGCUAAUAGAUGUAUUUUUUGUGGUUGACCAGUUGGUUUGACAGUGAAAUCUCCAUGCAAUGUUAUGUUCAUAAAAUCAUUAGACUUAG